AUGCCCCGACUAUCGACCCGCACGAUCCUCGAAGCGUACCAGCAAGACGCCCUCCUCCCGCUGCUCCUCCGCGAAUGCCGGACUAUUGACUCCGCCCGCAGCGAACUCCGCUGGCUCCGCCAACACGCGAUCGACCUCACCCAACUCCGCAAAGAACAGCGCUAUCAACACCUACAGCACUUACAACAAGCACGCAAAUCUGGUCAAGAACAUGCACCAACAACCAAACAACCCCACCGCAAACCCACGCAUCACCAGCCCCCCGAAAAUGCGCCCCCAAAGGGCUGGCGCCGCACGCUGCGCACCCUCUGCCACGCCCGCGCCCGCGGCACCCCGCUGCAAUACUUACUAGGUGACCAACCCUUCGGCGACCUGACCAUCCUCUGCCAGAAGGGGGUGCUCAUCCCGCGCAACGACACCGAGACCUUCACCUACGCCGCGGCGGAGCAGAUCCGCCAACACUUUCCCCCGCCAAAACCCAGACCCGAACCCGCCUUCCCAUCCCCACCCACCAGAACCCUAAAAGUCCUCGACCUCUGCACCGGAACAGGCUGCAUCACCCUCCUCCUCCACGCCCUCCUGUCCCCAAGCUACCCCUCCCUCAAAAUCGUGGGGAUCGACAUCCACCCACCCGCCCUCCGCCUCGCGCGCACAAACCUACACCACAACGUCACGCUCGGCGACUUAUCGACCCGCGCAACCGAGGAAGUGGAAUUCCGGCGCGCGGACGUCCUCGCCUCACCCGCAGCCGCCGCUGCAACCCCCAAUUCCCACUCAGUGGGGCAGCUCCCCGCGCUGGAGGAGUUGCUGCCUCGCAUCCCGGAAUUCCGUACCCAUCACCCCCAGGACACGGCGAGUCAUGUGCUGGCGCGAGAAGAUGAGGGGGCGAGCGAAGGGGACGGGAAAGGGGAAGUGCAAGUCGACGUGAUCAUCUCCAAUCCCCCGUAUAUCUCCCGAAAAGCGUUCUUGGAUGGCACGACGGCGCGGAGUGUGCGGUUUCAUGAGCCGGUUCUGGCGUUGGUGCCGCCUUCUUCCGCUUCUUCGGGGAUGAAGUCGGUGGAGGGUGUAGGCCAGACGCAGGCGGAGGAUGUGUUCUACGCGCGGAUUCUCGGGUUGGUGGGCGGGGUUGGGGCGAGGAUGGUGGUGUUCGAGUGUGGGGAUCAUGAGCAGGGGGGCCGGGUGGUGGAGUUGUGUCGACGGGCUGUGGAACUCCAGAAGCUGGGGGGGAGCUGGGAGGUGGGGAUUUGGGAGGAUGAGACUGUUGUUGAGGCUGGAGGUGAUGGGGAGAAGGAGGGGGCGUGUAUGGUUGUUAUGAAGCAGGUGCAGGGGUGA